AUGGACAAUCAAGACAGAGGUGCGGCACCCCCUAGAGAUGGUUCAGCUAUGGGUGCUAGGCCUAAAUCCACAGAGUCAUCCAAGCAUCACACUCCGGUGGUCGAAGACAGGACAGAUCGCUUGGAGAGGAUUGUAAGAACUAUGGUGGAGUCUCAGCGGCAUCAGCAGGACCAGUUAGAGGCAGAGGCGCUUCGACAAGAUCGGAGAUGGAAAGGUAUGGAGCAUCAAUUCAAGCAACUACAGCAACUGGUGAGAGGCGACCCAGCAUUAACACAGGCGACGAAGCAGCCACUCACCGGACUGCAACAGAUGGACCCGCCCAGCUCCCGCCCUGCGACAGCCUUUGAUCCACUCAAUAUGCCUUUUCUGGAUGUACCAACUCCUCAGCCACAUCCAGAUCAGCAUCCAGUACCAGGGAUGCAGAGCUCCCUCAACUCCACUGCUCUCGGCAUUGCCACACCUCUAAACCUCCAGCGGGGGUGGAAACCCCCUAGGAUGUCCUCGUAUGAAGAGGAUGAAGAUAUUGAACACUAUUUGACCACCUUCGAAAGGCUGGCAGCGGCGAGUCAGUGGCCACAGGAGACUUGGGCAUUGUACCUUGUGCCCUUGUUGAAUGGUAAGGCCAGAUCUGCCUAUGUAGCCAUGUGUGUUGAAGACAGCCAAGAUUACAUGAAAGUGAAGCAAGCCAUUCUCAACAAGUUCAACAUCAGCACCGAGACUUACCGCCAGCGUUUCCGCUCCAAGUCAAUCAAGGAGGGGGAGACGGCGAAAGAACUUCAAGCCCGGCUAAAGGACCUGAUGGAGAAGUGGCUAGUUCCAGAGACUCAAUCUAGGGAACAAGUGUGCGACCAAAUAGUGUUGGAGCAGUUCCUGGGCAUGCUGUACCCUGAGCUUCAAGUAUGGGUGAGGGAACGCACUCCGGUUUCGUCGGUGCAAGCAGCAGAUCUGGUGGAGACCUUCAUGGCUGCCAGACAAUCCAGAAGAGGCUAUCAUCUGGGUCUACAACAACAGGACUGGAGAAGACCCUACCAAGCAGCCCAAAGAGAGCCAGAGAAGACAGUCCCUGGUAGGUCUGCGGGUGGUAAUAGUCGUGUGUUUAGACCAUCCAAUAGCCCCAAUGUUAGCCCCACUCCAACUGGAACACCUAGAGUACCUAUAUGUCACGGUUGUGGUCAACAAGGUCACAUCAGGCCCAAUUGUACACUGAAGAAAGUUUCUGAUUCCAGACUAUGUUACCUACCUGGCCCUAGCAAGCACUUACCUUGUGUGUCUUCUGAUGUUACUGUCCCUGUGAAGAUAAGUGGAAAGAUAGUCCAGGCUUUGGUUGACUCAGGAAGUAGUCAGUCUUUCGUGCUUCGAUCUUGUUUGAGGUCUGAUUUCCAGCCUGUGGGCAAAGUGAGAGUCCGUUGUGUCCAUGGUGAUGAGUCUGAGCACCAGACCAGUGAGGUUCUCAUAGAUAUUAAUGGUCAAAAAUAUUUGUUAACCGUAGGGAUUUUGGAUAAAUGCCCUUACCCAGUGAUUUUAGGCCAGGAUGUGCCAGUUCUUACAGAGCUAUUGCAGAGUGUUAACACAGUCAGUGCUUAUGUUACAACUAGAGCACAGGCCAAUACCAAAAUAGACUCCAACGUGUGGUCAGAGUUACCAUUUGAGAAUUGUCCUGGUGAUAAACCUAAAAAGUCCAAGGCAGAGAAGCGUAGAGCAAAGGUGGCAGGUACAUUGGUGCAGGAAAGUCUGUCCUUUCCACAGCUAGAGGACAUUGAAGUCUUUGAAGACUUCAAGAAGCUUCAACAGGAAGACCCCACAUUUAGCUCUUGCUUUUCUUCUGUUAAGACCGAUGAUGAGGCUAGGGAUGCCAUGAGGGAGGGUGACAGGUGUUUUGUUAUCAAUAAUGGGAAACUGUAUCGAGUGAGUACAGACACAGAGCAGUUAGUGGUUCCUAAGACUCUAAGAGCCAAAGUGUUACACCUAGGUCAUAGUAUUCCAUGGUCAGGACAUCUAGGCAGGGAGAAGACUGAGAAGAGAAUCCUGCAAAGAUUUUAUUGGCCAGGUGUUAACAGGGACAUAGCAGAGUACUCUAGGUCUUGUCCAGAGUGCCAGUUGUCUGCUCGCUCCAAAAGAGGCUUAAAAGCUCCCCUCAUCAGUCUCCCAAUUAUUGACACGCCUUUUAGUCGCAUCGCUAUGGAUGUAGUUGGUCCCUUAGAGAGGAGUAGGGCAGGGCACCGCUAUAUCUUGGUAAUUUGCGAUUACGCAACACGUUACCCUGAAGCAUUCCCCCUCAGAAAUACUAAGGCAAGGCAAGUGGCCAAUAGUUUGAUUCAACUUUUCUCCCGUGUGGGUGUCCCCAAAGAAAUCUUAACUGAUCAGGGAACUAAUUUCACCAGUAAGGCAUUGAGACAGGUGUACUCCCUGUUAGGGAUUCGGGGCAUUAAAACCACACCCUACCACCCGCAGACCGACGGUAUGGUUGAGAGAUUCAAUCAGACCCUGAAGUCGAUGCUGCGGAAGUUCGUGUCGGAAUCAGGAACUGACUGGGACCAGUGGCUUCCUUACCUAUUGUUUGCCUACAGAGAGGUACCGCAGGCAUCCACCGGGUUCUCCCCCUUCGAACUCUUGUUCGGGCGGGAAGUGAGAGGCCCACUUGACAUUCUCCGAGAGAGUUGGGAGGGGGACGCUCCUCAUCAGCCAACCAACAUUGUGAGUUAUGUCCUGAAAAUGCGAGAGAAGCUGGACCAGCUGAGUUCCAGGGCUCACCAACAUCUGGCUCAGGCUCAAACGAGGCAGAAAACGUGGUAUGAUCGGACAGCACGUAGUCGCACCUUUGUGUCCGGACAGAAAGUGCUGCUGCUGUUGCCUUCAUCAGAAAGCAGUUUGCUGGCAAAGUGGCAAGGCCCUUUCAAGGUACUUCGCAAGGUCGGUGAGGUUACCUAUGAAAUCUCAAUGCCAGACAGACGUCGCUCUAAACAGAUCUUCCACGUGAACCUCUUAAAACAAUGGAUUGAUCGAACAUCUUCUGUCCAAGAUCAGCUGUGGGCGCGGACCGUGGAAGAGGAAGAAGAGCCGUUGGAGCAGUACUUUCCUACUGUGGGCGGCGAGUCAACCUACCCCUCCGUUACCCAUUUGACAAAUGAACAGCAGGAGGACCUAAAGAAAAUCAUCCCAAGAGGCCUGUUCCGAGACCAGCCAGGGCGAACCGACGUCAUCGCCCACGACAUCCGGCUGACUUCUCCAGGUCGGUCCUAUCCGGCAGACCACCACCAGGGUUCCAGCGCGACUGAUCCCCGCGCUGAAGCAGGAGGUGGUGGCGAUGCUGGAAAUGGGGGUGAUCGAGACAUCACACAGCGAGUGGUGCAGUCCCGUGGUCCUGGUACCAAAAAAGGAUGGGGGGCUCCGCUUCUGUGUGGACUUUUCGAAGCUGAAUACCAUCUCAGCUUUUGA